AAAUUUGUAGGACCAGAGUGGUCCUGUGCUCAUUUCUUGUCAUGCAAGAGGUCGUGCUUCUGUGCGGGCGCUUCUCUUGCUCCCCAUGCGUCACGAUUGCGGGUGGGGAUUUGUGUACUCUCAUAUUUCGCGGUAAGAACGGAUACGGAAAGAUGCCGCCGGGAGGCAAAGAUGGGGAGUGUGCGAUCAUGUAGUGUGUUCGUAAAAGCUUGUUCCAAAUCUCCUACUUUGCGACCCCUACGCGAAGAAAAAAAUUAAUGACAGUAUCCUUUUAGUAGCGCACUGGUGACAUGCUCGCGUAAAACGAUGCAACACAUUUACAACAACUUGCUUUGUCGUUUAUGUUAGCAUUGCAUGAGAGAAAAUAAAUCACCGCUUUAGCUUUAGGUCGUUUCCAUGACAAUUUUUUCUGUGUCUUUGCACCCCGAGUUUCAGAGGCAACCAGCUAGUGCUGGCUUCUGUUACUUCCUACAAAUAUGCUACACGAUCUCUUAUUUUCGAUCUGAUUUUUUAUACGAAAUGUUUCUGUUCGGGAAUACAGUGUCUGUAUCCACUCCUCUUAUUUUAAUACAGGGCGCAACCAUGUUGAACAGUUAUACUGAAGGAGACAAAAGCGAAAGGGUGGCGGCAUAAAUACAACAUGUUUACUUAAGUUAGUUCUCCACUGUUUCUGAAUUGUUUCUAUAAUUUUUCUAUAAUUUUAUCAAAUUUUACAUCGCAACCAAGUUUCGUGCUUGAAUUUCGGAUGGAUUUCUAUUUAGCUUUUCUUUUCGUUUUCUACUUUUAUACCCUUGUUAUCAGCUAACACGAUCUCACAUUUAAAUGACAAUGCUUCAAAACGAAUUUCAACAUAAAAUUGGGAAAUCAUCGAGAGGAAAAUAGAUGUUUUGACUAGGUAAAAAGGUACUAGCACAGAAUUGUUUGUUAUGCAGGAUCACAUUUGAUGCCGUGUUUCAAAUGAAUCGAUUUUCUGGUGGACACCUUGCAGAAGCAGGGAAGAAAAUGAUGUAGCAUCUACGUUCCCGAUGAUCAGGGACACAUGUCAGCUAUGUUUAAAAUGAAAAUAUUCUUUCUCAAUUACUUUCUUACAAGACAAAAUAUAUGCUAUUUGUAGUCCUUGUCAGAUGCAUAGAAAGCAGAUCAUACGGAAGUGAACUGCGGAAGAUGUGCUGGUGCAGCAGAGUAUCCUCGGGCUCAUUUGGACAUCACACUUUUUCAGUAUCUUUGAAUUUGUUGCAUUUCUACUUUCACGACAGUUUCAGGAGCCAGGAGCAGGGGUUGCUCCUCCAGCUCCUCCUGCUCGUUAUAGUUUACAAAAAAAAAAAUCUAUCGACAGCUCGCUGCAUGCCGACGACUCAUCCCGACCGGCAACGUUUUCUCUAAGAAUUAUCUUCUCGUCCUCGCGCCGGGCUCUUGGACUGUGCGAUGAUGUGGUCAACAGCUAGGGCUAGCUUUCAUUUUUUUCGAAGAAAUCUGAAAUCAAAUAUCAAUAUAUCACAUGGCAAAAACUUAUAAGUUGCACCUACCGAGAUGACGAAGACGAACAACUCUUGCUUUUUUGAAAAAAUGAAUCUGACAUUGUGUUUCAUUUCUGGUGUCUAGUGCCAAGCCCUAG